AGCUUUAUUCAGUACCCUCUCUCUUGGAAAUUGAACUAGAAGUUAGUAAACAAAAUGAGCGGGAACCCCGACGUAACUCAGUUCAAUGAUGACGAAUUGGUGCCACCUCACUGGCUCAACUCAGAGUUCAUAGCUUCUGUUCUGGGACACCAUGAAAAGGAACCGGUGGUUAAGGUUAUCGACUUGACCUUCGGACCGGCUAGUGCCAAGGGAGAUCACUAUGCCAGCAUAAUGUUCAGGGCCAAGGUCAAGUACACCAACAAGAAGGGGGAGUUUGCAAAGUCUCUGAUCAUUAAGACGAUGCCAGAGGCGGAGGGUCACAAGAAGGAGAUGAUUGGAGGAUCGCCCAUCUUCGAAACAGAGGUGGCCAUGUAUUCGAAGGUGCUGCCCGAAUUCGAGAGGAUUCUUCGGCAGGCUGGUGAUAGCACUAAGCUUUUUACGAAUUGUAUAUAUCAUAGCCUAGAGCCGCAUCAGGUUCUGAUCUUUGAGGAUCUCGUGGAGAUGGGUUACUUUGUGCUGAGAGAUCGUGAUGCCACCUUAGAUGAGAUACAUCGUGUCUACUUCAAGCUCGCCAAGUGGCAUGCAGCUAGCUUAAAAGUGCAGAAUGAGCAACCAGAUUUUCUGGAGCCUUACACCCAUGGUCUUUUUGAGAUGCCACAUGUUUUCAAUGAACCCUUCAUGAAAACUGGAAUGGAAUUUUUCGUGGACCUUUUGGGCAAGGAACCGGAGCUUAUGAAGUACAAACCUUAUUUCGAAAGCAUCAAGGAAGAUUUCUUGGAUCGCCUUAUGGCAGAGUGGAAAGUAUCCCGAAACAACCCGAAAGCAGACCCUUACAGGGUACUUUGCCAUGGUGACCUACACCUUCGAAACAUUAUGUUCAAGUAUAAGGACCCAGGAUCUUUUGAGGACUGCAUGCUGCUGGACUUUCAAAUCUCCAAUCUUUUCCCUUUGACAUUCGAUCUGGCAUAUUCUAUAUAUAUGCUUAUGGAACCCGACCAUCGCUGGAAACACUAUGAUGAUAUUAUCGACUAUUAUUUUUUCGUUUUGGAGGAUGUUUUAAAGAAAAUUGGAUACAAGGGUAAAAUGCCCACCCAAUCGGGGCUGUGGAAGCGGUUUAAUCAGCACAAAUACUAUGAGUUCUUCCUUAUAAGCACAUUCCUGCCUCUGAUGUGGGCAUUGAAGGAUAAGUUAUUUGACUUUGGUGAUUUGCUUCAGAAUGAGGAAAAGCGCAGAAAAUGCUCAUAUUCUGAGGGCUACAUUAAAGAGGUGAAAAUCUUGCUGGCCCGUUUGGAUAGAUUUGGCAAGCUAAAAGCUUAAAGAUGGAUUUUUUAUAAUGCCUUAGUAAUCAAUAUAUAAAGUGAAAUUUGCAAAUAUAGAAACAGUAUUUACCUUUCAAAUAGCUAAAUAUGUUACUAAUAUGAAGCUUUAUAAAGCUAAACAAAAUGUUUAUUCUGAGUAUGGUGAUUAAAUAAAUGAUAAUAAAAGGUUA